GUCCAAAGUCUAAAGUAGCGCGAGCGCAUUAAGUGGAGAAAAAAAAGCAGAGUCGACAGAGAGUGACACCCAGAACGAGCUCACGCGCGUGCAACUAUAUAUCUAGUUGUACAACGGACUACGGCGCUGUACGUAGAUGAACACGGAGAAAUCCGACCUCUUCACUACUUAAACCAGGACAAAUUUACGAGAAUGGGGUCGAAGCUGUGGAUUUAAAGUGUACAGGACUUGAAAUGGGCGCUCUGCUGCUGCUGGUGUUGCUGCUAAGGAGUUGCCUGCUGUCGGCGGUAGAAGGCUCACCAAUCCUCCUCUUUGCCAACCGGCGGGAUGUACGGUUAGUAGAUGCAGAAGGUGUACGUAGUGAGUCUGCCAUUGUUGUCAGUGACUUGGAGGAUGCUGCAGCAGUGGACUUUCUGUAUGCUGAGGGCCUGAUAUUUUGGACAGACGUCAGUGAGGAGGCUAUCAAGCAAACCCAUUGGAACCAGUCGUCCAACUCCCUCAAAGAAGCUCUGGGAACUGGCCAGACUGUGGUGGUGUCUGGGCUGGACAGUCCCGAUGGCCUGGCCUGUGACUGGUUGGGUAGGAAGCUUUACUGGACAGACUCGGAGACCAAUCGCAUUGAAGUGGCCAACCUGGAUGGCACCUCCAGGAAGGUCCUGUUUUGGAUGGAUCUGGACCAGCCCAGGGCUAUAGCUCUCAACCCCUCUCAGCGCUAUAUGUACUGGACAGACUGGGGCGAGGAGCCGAGGAUAGAGUGCGCUGGCAUGGAUGGCAGCAACAGGAAAGUGAUAGUGGAUGUGGAUAUUUACUGGCCUAACGGACUUACAAUAGACCUUGCAGAACAGAAGUUGUACUGGGCAGAUGCCAAACUCAGCUUCAUUCAUCGAGCCAACCUGGAUGGAUCGGGACGUGAAACAGUGGUGGAGGGCACACUCACUCACCCAUUUGCGCUAACACUGUCGGAGGAAACCUUGUACUGGACCGACUGGCAGACACGCUCCAUCCACGCCUGUAACAAACACAGUGGAGACAAGGCCAGAGAGAUCCUGAGUGGCAUUUACUCCCCUAUGGACAUUCAGGUUUUGGAGUCCUAUCGACAGCCUUACAAGGAUAGACGGACUCUCACAGGCUUCACUCUAACUGCUGUGGGUCUGCAAAUGCACACAAUAUGCAUUAGGACUCCUUGCAGUGAAAAUAAUGGAGGCUGUAGUCAUCUCUGCCUACUUUCACCAGUGGAGCCCUUCUACAGCUGUGCAUGUCCCACAGGAGUCCAGCUGUGGGACAAUGGAAAAACAUGCAAACCAGGAGCAGAGCAGGUUUUGCUGCUAGCUCGGCGGACUGAUCUGCGUAGAAUCUCCCUGGACCUUCCAGACUUCACUGACAUAGUUCUACAGGUGGAUGAUAUUCGCCAUGCCAUAGCUAUAGACUAUGACCCAGUUGAGGGCUAUGUGUAUUGGACAGAUGAUGAGAUUCGGGCCAUCAGACGUUCCUACAUUGAUGGCAGCAAUGCCACGAUGCUGGUUACCACGGAGAUCAACCAUCCAGAUGGCAUUGCCGUGGACUGGGUGGCCAGAAACCUCUACUGGACCGAUACUGGCACCGAUCGGAUUGAGGUCACCAGGCUUAAUGGAACCUCUCGGAAAAUUUUGAUUUCGGCGAACCUGGAAGAACCCAGAGCCAUUGUUUUGGAUCCUGUCAAUGGCUAUAUGUACUGGACUGAUUGGGGUGAGCACCCUAAGAUUGAGCGGGCCAACCUGGAUGGAACAGACAGGGUGGUUUUACUCAACAGCUCUCUAGGAUGGCCUAAUGGACUGGCAAUAGAUUACAGUGCUGGAAAGCUAUACUGGGGUGACGCCAAAACAGACAAGAUAGAGGUUAUCAACGUGGAUGGCAGUAACAGACAGACUCUGCUGGAGGAUAAAUUGCCUCAUAUCUUUGGAUUCACUCUGCUGGGUGAUUAUAUCUAUUGGACUGACUGGCAGAGACGCAGUAUUGAGAGGGUGCACAAAGCAACUGCUGUACGAGAGAUCAUCAUUGAUCAGCUGCCAGAUUUAAUGGGCCUGAAAGCCACUAAAGUCACUGAGACCUACGGUACUAAUGGCUGUGCGGGAGAUAAUGGUGGCUGCAGCCAUUUGUGCUUUUGGCAAAAGCAGGCUGUGAGCUGUGCCUGUCCAAUGGGGAUGGAACUCCUCUCAGACCUACAGACCUGUGUGGUACCUGAGGCCUUUCUUCUCUUUACCAACAGGGACAACAUCAGAAGCAUCUCUCUGGGCACCAAUAGCAACGAUGUGGCCAUUCCUCUGACCGGAGUCAAAGAGGCGUCUGCGCUUGACUUUGAUGUCUCUGAAAGGAGAAUCUACUGGACAGAUAUACAGGCCAAGACCAUCAGUAGAGCGUACAUGAAUGGUAGCUCUGUAGAGCAUGUCAUAGAGUUUGGACUGGACUACCCAGAAGGCAUGGCAGUUGACUGGAUGGGUCGUAAUAUCUACUGGGCUGAUACAGGCACGAACCGCAUUGAGGUGGCCCGGCUUGACGGACAGUACCGGCAGGUUAUCAUCUGCAAGGAUUUGGACAACCCACGCUCCCUGGACAACCCGCGAUCACUAGCACUGGGCCCAGCCAACGGCUACAUGUACUGGACGGAGUGGGGUGGUCGACCUCGUAUAGCCAGAGCCUACAUGGACGGAAGCACCAUUACCACCCUGGUGGAUAAAGUGGGACGGGCCAAUGGACUGACCAUUGACUACGUAGACAAUCGACUCUACUGGACUGACCUGGACACUUGCAUGAUCGAAAGCACCAACAUGCAAGGCCUUCAGCGGGAGAUCAUUGUAGAUGACCUCCCUCACCCCUUUGGUCUGACCCAGUAUCAGGAUUUUAUCUACUGGACAGAUUUUAACCUGCGGAGCAUUGAACGGGCAGACAAGCGCAGUGGACUCAACCGUACAAUGGUGUUGCAGGGCCAGCUGGAGCUGAUGCUGGACAUCCUGGUGUUCCACUCAUCCCGUCAGGAUGGUACCAAUGAGUGUUCCCUUAACAACGGCCACUGUGCUCACCUGUGCCUGGCCACACCGGCUGGUGCCCGAUGCCGCUGUGCUUCACACUACACCUUAAAUGCCGAUGGACGGAAUUGUAGCUCUCCCUCUAGGUUCCUGCUCUUCAGUCAGAAGACCAGCAUCAGCAGGAUGGUUCUAGGGGAGCAGAGUCCUGACAUCAUCCUGCCCAUCCAUGUCCUUAGGAAUGUCCGGGCCGUUAACUUUGACCCGCUGGACCGGCUGGUCUACUGGCUGGAUGGACGACAGAACAUACGCAGGGCCAGAGAUGAUGGUGCCAUGUCCAUGAUAGUAAGCAGCAAUGUUCAGCCAGUGGACAACCAACUUCAUGACCUGAGCCUCGACCCCUAUAGCCGCCACAUUUACUGGACCUGUGAGACAACCAACACCAUCAAUGUGCAGAGGAUGGAUGGAAACACUGUAGGGGUGGUCCUAAAGGAUGACACUGACAAGCCCAGAGCCAUCGUUGUAAAUGCUGAAAAAGGGUACAUGUACUUCACCACCUUGCAGGAGCGCUCAGCUAAGAUUGAAGGAGCCAGUCUGGAUGGGACAGAGAGAGAGUCUCUCUUCACCACUGGUCUGAUCAGACCAGUAGCGUUGACACUGGACAAUAAACUAGGAAAAUUGUUCUGGGUCGACGCUGACCUCAAACGCAUUGAGAGUAGUGAUCUGACAGGAGCCAAUCGCAUUGUUCUCCAGGAUUCCAACAUUCUCCAGCCGAUGGGGCUGACAGUCCUUGGGGAUCAUUUGUACUGGAUCGACAGACAGCAACAGAUGAUAGAGCGAGUGGAUAAACUAAGUGGUGAUGGACGCACGCGCAUACAGGGACGCAUAUCUUAUCUGACCUCCAUCUAUGCCGUGGAGGAGAUGGAUCCACAGGAGUUUGCAUCUCACCCGUGUUCCCGAGACAAUGGGGGCUGUUCUCACAUCUGUAUUGCUAAGGGUGAUGGGACACCACGUUGUUCUUGCCCAAUGCACCUGGUGUUACUGCAGGACUUGCUGCACUGUGGAGAGCCUCCCACCUGCUCCACAGAGCAGUUUACCUGCUCCACGGGCGAGAUUGACUGCAUCCCUAUGGCCUGGCACUGUGACGGCUUUGCUGAAUGCGACGAUGGUAGCGACGAGGAGAACUGCCCCAUUUGCUCAACCAUCCAGUUCCAGUGUCACAAAGGAGGCUGCAUUGAUGCUCAAAGGCGCUGCGAUGGUGAACCUGAUUGUCCUGAUAAAUCUGAUGAGCAAAACUGUGAAACCAUCUGCACUCCUAAUCAGUUUCGCUGUGGUGACAACCAGUGUAUCACUAAGAAACAACAGUGUGACAAUUACUCCGACUGUCCUGAUGGAUCUGACGAGCUUGCUUGUGAGUUCAUGUCUCCACCCUCUAGUGGCAUCCCCAAUACUGGGCCUAACACCAUUGGCCCAGUCAUUGCCAUCAUCCUGCUCAUCUUCGUGAUCGGAGGAGCUUACUUUGUCUGCCAGCGUGUAGUGUGCCGACGAUACAAAGGCCCCACUGGGACAUUCCCUCAUGAGUACAUCAGCGGUACGCCCCAUGUACCUCUCAACUUCAUCGCCCCUAGCGGCUCCCAGCAUGGAACCUUUCAAGGUAUUUCCUGUGGGAAGUCCAUGAUGAGUUCAGUCAGCCUGAUGGGCAGCAGCAGCAGCGGAGCUCCCCUCUAUGACAGGAACCACGUGACAGGAGCCUCAUCCAGUAGCUCCUCAUCUAUGAAGGGAGCCUUUUACCCUCAGAUGUUGAACCCUCCUCCAUCCCCGGCUACAGAUCGCUCUCUCUACAACACAGAGAUCUUCUGCUCCUCCAACAGUCCAUCCACCACCAGAUCAUACAGGCCCUACCACCCAGUCCGCGGUGCUGCUCCACCUACCACACCCUGCAGUACUGACAUCUGUGACAGUGACUACACACCACACCAUCCACCGGCUGGUCUGACAUCAGCGGGCCGUUGGAAGACCUGCCACGGCAAACACAACAAAUACUAUAUAGACCUUAACUCAGACUCUGACCCCUACCCUCCACCCCCAACUCCCAGGUCCCAGUACCUUUCAGCUGAGGAGAGCUGCCCCCCAUCCCCUUCCACUGAACGCUCCUACUUCCACCUGUGUCCCCCUCCUCCAUCUCCCUGCACCGACUCCUCAUGACCCUCCCUUUAAGGAAGGAAAGGACAGCAGAACUGUCUUCAUUAGUCCACGUUACCGUGAGAAGAACUCAAACGCUAAAUUCCAACUCUGCUUCACACCAGCUGGUUAGGCUCUAGUGCCUUGCUCAAGGUUCCUGUGAUUCCAGUCAUUCUCAGAGUGGCCUCAUAAAGUAGAAUGAGUGAACACAUACACUCAUUCCAUUGUAUUUUAAAUUGUAAUUACGUUGCUGCCAGUCAGUGGGUGGACUCUAAUGAUUGAGUAACUGAAGCCUCGUCAGCAACACCCCAAUUUCAAACCAUUUGUCUCCUCCUUUCUUGCAGGAUCUUUGUCUUUCUAGCAGAGUAGCAACAGGACAUGUUAUAUGAUAUAUUAUAAUAAUAUUAACAAAACUAAGUCAAAGAAGAAUUAUUUUACGCCGGCUCAACCACAGGACACAAUGGGUGGAUGGACAGAUGGGUGAUUUAACAAUUAAAGAAAUUUAAGACAGAUGACCGAAUGAAUGUGCAGAAAAAUGAAUGAAUGAAUGAAUGAUCUGUUGAAUGGAAUAGGGCCUUUUUUCCAACUUGUCUGUUCUUUGCAUUCAAUUCUGGAAUUCCUAGGAGUUAAACAUGGGACUGGAGUUGAGUUGAGACCAGUUGAGGCAAUGUGACACCUCCAUAACAAACAAAUAUCGAAUGUAAAUCUAGUGUAUAUAUUUGUAAUAAUGGCAAUGAGAGAGCUCAGACAAAUUAUUGCUUUUCAUUACAAAUCUGAACUUCUUCCCUCAGUUUUUUUACACUUUUAUUGUCCCAUUUUAUCGAAAGGAUGUUUGCUGCUAUUGUGUACAUAACUUGUCAGGUUAUAAGUUAAUCAGAGGCCAAAAUGGUCACUUUCAUACUGACAGUAGAUUAUGAAGCUCUUUUACAGGUAAUAACAACAAAUGUUUGUGUAGUGACUGUCAUUCUUAUUCUCUUUGUGUCUACAACAUUGUGUUGUGUAUGUUUUUCUUGGUCAUUGUGUUAAUUUUCAAGGAUGAUUUGAAUGAACUGAGAGUAAAGCUGCUUUAGUUGUUUUGCAGCUACAGAACCCAUUUAGACAUUCAAAUGUACACGUUUAAUAAUUUCUACCCGGUCUGCAACUCUUUUUGCAAAGAUGUCAGAUGAAAAAUCUAAAGUCUUCUGGUUGGCUGAUCAUGGAAACCAGGAGAAGGACGAAGAAGCUUUUGCAGAAUAUCUCGUAUCUCCAGAGGAAAGGAGACUUUGUUUUAACUUCUUCUCUCAGAGAAUGCAAAGCAGCACAGAUGCCACCCAAGACACGGACUAGGACCACAGUCAUUUCCCAGUAUUAUAAACAAAAUCUCCAUCUUUGUCCUGCCCACUCCUGUGCUUUAAGACUAUGAAAAUAUGACAGUUGUCCUCUCUGUUUAGGCUUUGGCAUUAUGAUGAUGUACUGAACAUAUAACCUAUAGGGGACAUCAAAGUGUAGUAAUGCAGUGUGUAUUCCUGCUUGUUUUGGUGGAGGUCUGUAUUGUCCAGGUCUACACUUUGGAGGCCUACCUUGCAUGUAUCUUGUACCAACUGCUUUGUGGGGACAAACUGAAUUAUCCUGGUCAAAACAGCACUUAAGACGUAUUUUGAACACGUCUCUAGCAAGAAAAGCUGAAAGACAGUUUACAAAACAAGAAGAGACACAUUUAAUGUUGUUUUGUAACAGCCAUAUUUUGUAGCGCUAUGUUGUUAAAGACGAUGCAUCAAGCCUCCCUUUAUCUGAUCCUGUUAGUAUCUUUGCAUUGCUCCAAGCAGUGAACAAGAACGUAGCUAAGAAUAAAUGAGUGUGGCUUCCAAUUCAUUAAGUUCUGACCAUCGUGCUGAGUCAGAGAACAGCGAUUUUCCUGACAGAAACCUGUACCAGCACUUUGGGAACCUUCAGUAUAACGAUACUGAUGAAAUGAGUCUUGAUACUGUGGUGUCAGACGGUGAAACGAUGAUGUCUCUGUCUAUAAGGGUAGCAGGCCACUCAGACCACUGUGUCCUCAACACUUUGUACAAAUGCAGUGUCUCAUUUACACUUUGGACAUUUUUAUAUCAAAAUAAUUUUAUAUAAUAAAGGUUCUAUUUUAAGAAA